GUCCUUCAAUACAACUUCAGCAUGGAGUUAGUUUCAAAAGUCUCGGAGUGUGUUAGCCCGGUCCUCAGCGUGGCACUAGCGCUGUACGAGUGCUACAACGAAGUCCAGGCCAACAAGGAGCGCUGCGGUCGCCUGGUAGCACGAGUCCAGGUCGUGGAGAGCGUUGUGAGAGCCGUGAAGGAUGAAGACGUGGAUGACAAGCAGGUACGGCGCGCCCUGGCGGACCUCCAGGAGAUCCUGAGCUCGGCGCUGGAGCUGGUGCGAAAGCACAGAGACGCGCACUGGUGCAAGCGUGCCAUGAAGGCCAACGACCUGAAGGAGGAGUUCGGCGACCUGAACGAGCGGCUGAGUCAGGUGUCUGGCCGGCUGGCCCUCUGUCUGCAGCUGGAGGUCCUCAGGGAGGUGUUCGAGGCCAAGCGCAGGCAGAGCGAGGACCAGCGAGACGCAGAGAAGGACCAGCGGGAGUGGCGUGAAAAAGUGUUGCCUCUACUAGAAGGGAUGGAUGACAAAGUAGACCAAAUACUGCAUGGCGUUAACAACCUGCUCCAGGGAGGAAGAAGAGAGAAUAAGGGGGACACAGUGGAUAGAACUCAAUCUGAAUCCAUUAUCAACAAAAACGAGAUGGACAUUCUUCAGAGUCAGAAAUUGUAUGAAACUUCAGUGUCCCAGUAUAAGGCUCACGUCCGCGAUAAGUUCGGCACGGUGCAGGAGUACAACUCGCGUCCGGGGGCGGAUUACGUGGUCCUGACGGAGCGCUACACGGACCUGGUAAUCGUGCAGAAGCACCGCGAGCAGAGGGAGCGGGAGGAGGAGAUCCGCGUGCGAGGGAGGGAGCUUCUCCACAGAGUCUUCACCCGGGCCAGCAAGGAGUACCUCUGCACCAGCGUGGACCAGCUCUUCAGCCCCAGCAGCAAGGGGGGGGAGGCCCCCAGAGCCGUCAUCCUCCAGGGACAUUCGGGAUACGGCAAGUCCUUCACCGCACAGAAGAUCAUCUACGACUGGGCGUCUGGCAGAAUGUACCAGGACAGCUUUGAUCUGGUGUUCCACCUGAAGGGGAAGGAGCUGAACAACAUGAAGGAACACCUCUGUCUAGUCGACCUCCUGCUGCAGCAUGAUGAGAUCGAUAGACCCACAGUCUUGAAGGUGCUGCAGGAAGCACCACACAAGGUGCUCUUCCUCAUAGAUGGCUUCGAUGAGCUCAGGUUGGCACCAGAGGAGGCUGGCUUCAAAUCCUCACUGCCAUCUGACCCUCAAACUCUGGCGAGCGUUAAGGUUGUUUUGGCAGCACUCUUGAGGGGUAAGAUGCUGCGCAGGUCCUCCCUGCUGGUCACCACCAGGUCCACUGCACUAAAGGCUCUUAGUGACAUGCUGAAAGAGCCUCAGCGCUUCACAGAGAUCCUCGGGUUCUCCGACAGAGGGGUGGAGACCUACUUCCGGGCCUUCUUUGCGAGGGAGGAAAAUCCAGCGGUUUGGAAGAAGGCUCUGAGGCAUGUGAAGAACAACGAGACUCUCCUCACGGCGUGUUUCAUUCCGGUCACCUGCUGGAUUGUGUGCAACGUCUUCAAAGAUGUGUUCAAGAACGAGAUGGACAUGAUCAGAGGCCUGGACACCAGCACGUCCAUAUUUGCGCACUUCGUUUUCACGCAGAUGAAGCAUCACGGGGCGGAUCUCGAGGAGAACGAGUGGAGCAGCCUUUUGAGGAACCUGGGUCAGCUUGCAGAGGACGGAAUCCUCAAGCAGCAAGUUCUGUUUGACGAGCGUGACGUGAAGCAGCUGGUGUCCAACCACCACCUCGUCCCUUUCCUCUGCAAGUUCUUCCUGAGGAAGCUCAACGUUGUGACCAAGUACAGCUUCAUGCACCUCAGCUUCCAGGAGUUCUUCGCUGCCCUCUUCUAUCUGCUCAGCGGCGUGGACGUUGCGCGGGAGAAAGUGAAGGAUAUCCUCCAAAGGGUCCAGCAGGGUCUCAACGCCACUGACCAGAAGUUGCACAUGAGCCACCUGCUGCCCGUCAUCCAGUUCCUCUUCGGUUUUUCAAACCAGGAAGUCACGGCAACCCACGAGCUCCACGUUGCUCCUGAAAUCCGCCUGCUGCUGGAAGAUUGGAUUCACCAGCUGAUCAAGGAUGAGGAAGGGCUCCCCAGAACCCACAACGUCCAGCUCUUCAUCCUACAGUGCCUGUACGAGAUUCACGAGGAGGACUUCGUGCGGACGGCCAUGGGUAUCUGGAACAAGAUCAACCUGGACGGGGUGCCCCUGAAGAGGACGGACUGCAGCAUGCUGGCCUUCUGCGUUCGCCACUGCAGCACCAUGGAGCGGCUGACGCUCACGCACUGCAACCUCACCGCCGAGAAGCUCAAGGUCCUCGUCGAGGCUCUGGCCAAAAGCGCCGAGCUAGGGUUGGUGGUGGAGAACCUGGGAGAUGAGGAUGUCGAUGAUCUGACCAGAGCACUGGGACAGGACAAGAUCAUAACAGACCUGCACCUGAAAAACAGCAGCCUGUCCCGGGGGAGCGUUCUGCAGGUCCUCACUGCCCUCACGGCCCAGAAGAGAGUGGACACCCUGCACCUCAAGCUGAGGGUUCCCUACGAGAACGCCAUCGCACCGGUCAGCAUCACGGAGGACGAGAGUGGAGAGGACGUGUGUGGCAGCUGGACUGACACACCACCUGAGGGGAAACCUGCUGGCCUGGACAUCACCCUGGAGAGAAAGAUGCACAGCACUGACCCUCCCAAAGGCACACACACACUCACACUACGGCAUGGGGAGAAGCUUGGCCAUGCCGCUUCAUAUGUGUCUGAGAUCUUCAUCAGCCAGUUAACCUCAUCUGAGCGCUUCAGCAACACCUGGACACACCUGAUAGAGACUAUUCACACGCUAGGAGACAGUUCUGUAGGUGUUUCUGAGCUGGUGGAUACUCUGCAGAGCUCUCUGCUCCAUAUUCCUGAUGUAAACAUGGUGGAUCUGAAGCUCAGCUGCAUGACUGUGGAAGUGGCUGCUAAGAUCCUCCUCUUCUUCCAGGCCUGCCCCACUCUACACAGUGGAAGGUGUAAGCAGGCUGAGGAUGCUGGGGAGCAGGGUGGGAGUCUCUGUUCAGACCUGUCUCUGAGAAGGACCAGUGACACUCUCCAGUUAAAUGUAAAGCACCUUACUGGAGACCUGCUCUCUGAUGUCACACUCGUCAUGGCAACCCCCUCGGAGGAAUCUGAAUGGACCACUGUGUUCCUGAACCUCAGCUCUAUCAGUGGACUGCCAGAAGGUGUUGAUCUGUCUUUCCUGCAUGCUGUGAGAGGGCUGCAGAAGCUGAUGCUGCAGGUGACCUGCCUGACUGACCAGUGGGCCACCGCCCUCGUCUCUUUAGUCCAGACCCCUCUCCCCUCAUGUCUAGAGUACUGCAGUCUCCGAGUGGCCGAGUCCGACCUUGAAGCCCGUGGAGACGACAUCUGCUCUUUUCUGAGUGUGGAGACGGAGGACAGCAACGUUGUGCUGAUGGUGGAGUACAGGAAGCAGCUGAAUCCGCUCAGAGAAGCGCAGAUCACAGACAUCGCCCUCGCCAUGUCACACUCCCAGAUCGCCAGCUUCCACUUCCACAACAUACACACACUCAGAGAGCUAGACGCCGGAACACCUGAGUUUGUGGAGCAGGUGUCGUCUGUCCCUGGCCUUCAGAAGAUCAAACUCAUCCUCAGCUGCCUGACUGAGAACUGGGCAGCGACACUCUGCUCUCUCAUAAAGAACUGCCCCACGCUGACCAUCAUCACGGUGGAUGCUGGAGAGGGUGGGGAGAGACUGCUGCUGGAGGAAGGGGUGCGGUGCCUGCAGGACGGAGUACUCGCACUGAGGGAAACUCAGAGUCCGCAACUCACCCUCACAGUUACAGGGAGGAGAUGUGCUAAAGCUGUGUGCGCAGACCCAGAGGACUGGGGGCGGAGCUGCAACCGCAGAGUUCAGCUGCAAAGCUGCGCACUGGGGACCUUCACACACACACACCUGGAGGAGGAGGAGGAGGAGGAGGAGCACGCCACCAGCACACACACACCUGGAGGACGGCAGGCGGGAGCAGGAGCAGGGCCCAUAGUGGAUGUGUCCUACUCUACUCAGCCCAUAGUGGAUGUGUCCUACUCUCCUACUCAGCCCAUAGUGGAUGUGUCCUACUCUCCUACUCAGCCCAUAGUGGAUGUGUCCUACUCUACUCAGCCCAUAGUGGAUGUGUCCUACUCAGUUGAAGACAUGUUUGGACUGUGUCGGACUCCCUUACACAUUGAAGUCGCCCCCGCUACUUAG